GAAGUCAAACGUAAAUCGGUUAAAGUCGGCCAUCUUGAUUUAUCAUAAGUGAUAAAGACUACAGAAAAUCAAAGCUUCUUCCUUGUUUCUUAUAUUUUGUGAGCUUUUAGUGGCUCCCUUAGCAUGCAUUUGUUACUUUUCUACAAGUAUUCCUAGCUAUGUCAGACAAGCGGAAGCUGCAAGGAGAAAUAGAGCGAUGCCUUAAAAAAGUUCAAGAAGGUGUAGAGACAUUCGAAGACAUUUGGCAGAAGGUCUAUAGCUCCGCAAAUGCAAACCAAAAGGAAAAGUAUGAGGCGGACCUUAAGAAAGAGAUUAAGAAGCUGCAACGACUGCGUGAUCAGAUUAAAACCUGGUUGGCAAGCAGCGAUGUCAAGGACAAACGUAUUCUUACAGACUCUAGAAAGUUGAUAGAGACUCAAAUGGAACGUUUCAAAGUUGUGGAACGAGAAACAAAAACUAAAGCAUAUUCAAAAGAAGGGCUUGGAUCUGCGUCAAAGUUGGACCCUCUAGCAAAAGAAAAACUUGAAAUGACCACUUGGUUAUCGCGCAUGAUUGACAGUCUAAACAUCCAGAUGGACAAGAUUGAGAGCGAAGUGGAACAACUAACUAGUGGCAAUAAAAAGAAAAAAAUGGACAAAGAGAAACAUGACCGAUACGAGUCAUUGAAAACCCAACAAGAACGACAUACGUUUCAUGUGCAAAAGUUAGAAACCAUAAUGAGAAUGCUGGACAACGAUGCAAUCUCAAUUGACAGGAUCAAGCCUAUCAAGGAAGAUGUAGAGUUCUAUGUGGAAUCCAGUCAAGAUCAUGAUUUCGAAGAAAACGAGUUUGUUUAUGAUGAGCUUGACUUGGAUAACAUAGCAGAGCCGGCACUGCUAAAUGCGACAUCGCCGCCCCAUGACGAAGACCGAUUCUCAGACAAGUUGUCAACGACGCCAACGUCAACAAACUCCAGUUCACCUUCACCUAGUCCAGGAAUAGUCCUUAAUCAUUCCAAGGAAGAAGAUCGAAAAAAGCAUAAAGCCAUGGAAGAAAAUAAAAAUAAAAACAACAGUACAAGUUCAUCAUCAAAUAGUUCAGAUACCAGUAUCUCCAAAAUGCCUAGUACACCAACAAAAAUCAAUAGCUAUGACUUUAUUUUAAGUAUGAACAGCCUGUCGGCAGAAACGAACAGCAAUCACCUGCCAAACUCGACACCUUCGAACCAUAGCUGGCUGGAUGGGAUGGACAGCAAUUCAGGUUCCCCCUUACCUUCACGAACACAAAAUAUAGUAGUCCCGCCUUCUUCUGUAUGGCAGCGAAACCCUUCUACAUCCACUUCUGGCUCGAGGCAUCUAAACUUUAGCGAAAAUGCCUCGCAGUCAAGCGAUUCAAAGAGCCAAUCAAAUGCAUUAACUAAUCAUGUAAGUGGACAUACAAGUGCAAGUGUUUCCAACAGCAUCAGCAGCAGCAAUGUGUUAGUGAACAGUGUAACGUCAUCUAAAAACGCUACGAUGAACUCUGUCUCAAGUAACAGUGUGGGAAAUCCCGCCAUUCCGCCCUCAGAAUCUCCACUGCUUAGCAAUGGUCCAGCAAAGGAGCCCACCCCACCCAUGUCUUCUGUGUUACUAACGGCAUCGUUUUCAUCGUCAUUAUCUGUUUCGAGUUCUCUUCUUCUCAACAGCAACAACAACAGUAUAGUAAACUCAUUAUCGUCAUCGAUAUCACCUCCCACCCCUACUCAGGCAAUGAACGCAGCAAUGAACGGUUUAAGUGCGCCGAGUAAAUCAGAUAUUCUGCCAGCAGGGGUAUUGAAUGGACCUUCGAGUGCAGGUGGUGCAUUGCAUGACAAGGAUUCAUUGGAGUCAAUGUCCUCUCUCAAGUCCAUUGCACAGCAGGCUGUGAUGAAUGCAGGUCUUGAAAACCAGAUCCCUUCCUCUACUGUCCCCAGCGCUACAGCUGACACGAAAGUGCCAUUUUUGAGUUCAGUGAGUCAGCUGGGAGAGCAGGCUAGUCCAGGGUCCCAGGAUGGCAGCAGCCUGUCAGGAGGCAUGCCUGUGCCCCUCACCAAGGCCAUUCAGCUCAAUCAGCUGUUCUCUGUGGCCCCUCUUGGACCAGUGCCCUUGCAAGACGAGCACAUCUAUCAGCUUACCAUGGGAAAGGCUGGCUUCAGACAUUUGCCAUACCCUUCAGAUUCCGAGCGAAUAAGAGUUCAUCUACCGCGUAAGCCAUGUCCCACGCCGUCGUAUUAUCCACAGUUGCCCCCCAUGCAUGCAGACACUGUUGAGUUCUUUCAAAGACUGUCUACAGAAACACUGUUCUUCAUCUUUUAUUACAUGGAGGGAACCAAGGCUCAAUAUUUGGCAGCAAAAGCAUUGAAGAAGCAAUCAUGGAGAUUUCAUACAAAGUACAUGAUGUGGUUCCAAAGACACGAGGAACCAAAGACAAUAAAUGAAGAUUACGAGCAGGGCACAUAUAUUUAUUUUGACUACGAGAAAUGGGGCCAAAGAAAGAAGGAGGGAUUUACAUUUGAAUAUCGAUAUCUAGAAGACCGGGACUUGAACUGAACAAGGGGGACUUCUAUAGCAUGUCUGUGCUCACAUACAAAUAUUCGUUGUUACAGUGUUAUCACUGCUGGAGUUGAGAGGAUUAGAGGAGACAUUGUCGGCAGGGAGGGUUUGUUACUAUGG